AUGGGUGACAUAGAAUUCAUUCCAAUCUUAGAUGAAAUAACAUCUGAGGUUAACAAUUUAUUAUUUUCUACAGUGUAUUAUGGAAUUCAUUGUGAAAGAAAUUGUUUAUUGAUUAAACAUCAGACAAAAUCUUUAAUGGUAGUACUUAAAAAUGAAAAAAAUUGGAAAAUUGAUUUCUACACCAAUGUAUCUUCUCGAGAUAAAAGCAUUAAAUCAGGUUUAAAAAUUGAUGGAUGUCAAAAUACAAUUGUAUUACUCGAUGAUAAAAAUAAAAUGUGGAAGUUGAUAAAUGCUUUUGAAUUUUCAAAUGAAAAGGAUGAAUGUUUAUAUUUAAUCGAUGAAAAAUGCUUUUAUGAAUGGGUACCAAUCAAAAAGUUCAACGAGUAUAAAGUUUUCGAUAUUACAGCAACUAAAAAUGGUUUUGCAUGUUUAUUCGAACAUAAUAAGAAAAAGUUUUUGCAAAUUUUUUCAUGUACCAAUUUUAAUCUUCUCGAAGAUUUCACAUUUGAUAUGCUGAAUGCAACACUAUCUCAAAAUUACUAUUUAAAAAAUAUAAGUAGCAAUGAAUUAAAUUCUGAUGCCAAUAAUUCAUUAAUAAUAUGCAACAGGCUCGACGGAAAAGUUUCUUUGCAUACAGGAAAAGACGAUUGUUAUACUGUUGCCACUUCGAAAUGUAUCGAUUAUGUGUGUAAAAAUGUGGUUUGUAUAGAAAAAUGUUAUUGUAGUGAAUCAUCAUGUGUUGUUUGGUCGGAUGGUGUUAAUAUAAAUCAUACAAAUAUUCAUUUUAAUUUUGAAAAAUCAAAUUUUGCAACUUUAAAAAAUUUAAAAGUAAAACAUAAUAUAAUGGGUGUUAAGUUAUUAAUUAGAGUGGCCGACGGUUUGAUUGCCGUAACCACAAAUAACUUUUAUUAUUACAUAAUGAUAAAUAAAGAAGAAGAGCCAGAAGAGGAAAUUGAAUCGUUAGAUGAUAUCUUAUCGAAAAUAAUGGAUGGAGGUUUAAAAAUUAAUUCGCUUAACAAAAAAAUUGAUCUUGCUGCAAAUUAUUUGCAGUUUAAAGAAUUAAUGCAAUCAAACACUCUUAAAGAUCAGGUAGAAUUAAUAAUGGAAAACAAUAUAUUGUUGAUAAAAAUGAAUUCUGAACAUGUUUUUAAAAAAGAUUUGUGGAAACUUAGACAGAGUUCAUUUGAAAAUAAAAAAUUUUUUGUAGAAAUGACUGAUUUGGAAACCGAUUUGACACAAGGCAUCACACUUAAAAUUAAUAUUCAUUUAGUUACCUCAAAUCCGAUAGAAUUAUUUUUGAUUGGUGAUUUUGGUAGCGAUUUCAAUUUAUUAACUUUAUAUUUGGGUAAAGUAAAUAUAAAUAACUGUAAUAAAGAUAAAAAUAAAUUUGAAAGUAAUUUGUUGCAACUUGCUAAGAAAAGAAAUCCAUAUUUCAAAGAAUAA